AGGCAGAAAGGGCUUGGUCGGGGUGUCACCGGUCUAUCUGUGCGCCUCUGGAUAGCGGAAUAACCUGGCUCACGACGCUGCUGCUUUGCUGAAGCCCUGUAGAUGAAUCUCCUCCUCGGCUAUGCUGCCCUGAGAGCGCCGCGCGUACUCGCCCCGCCAAAAUGUCUGAUGUCAACAAGACUAUUCAGAAAUGGCACGCCAGUUUUAAGAAAGGCACAGACUUUGACUCGUGGGGACAAUUAGUGGAGGCUAUAGAUGAGUACCAAAUUUUGGCAAGACAAAUGCAAAAAGAGGUCCAGUCGGCAAGCUCAGACUUCACAGAGGAGCAGAAGAAAACUUUAGGAAAGAUUGCAACAUGUCUGGAGAUGAGAAGUGCCAGUCUGCAGUGCACACAGACAAAAGAGGAAUUCAAGUUAGAAGACCUGAAGAAAUUGGAAACCAUUAUUAAAAACAUACUGACCUACAACAAAGAAUUUCCUUUUGAAGUACAGCCAGUGCCCUUAAGGAAAAUCCUUGCUCCAGGUGAAGAGGAAAACCUCGAGCUAGAGGAGGAGGAGGAUGCAGCAGCAGGAGCAGGUUCUACAGAGGCCUUCCCCCCACGAGCUCCUGCUUCGCAAGGUACCUUGUUGCCACGGUUACCCUCGGAGCCUGGGAUGACACUACUCACAAUAAAGAUAGAAAAAAUUGGGUUGAAGGAUGCUGGGCAGUGCAUCGAUCCUUACAUGACCAUUAGUGUCAAAGAUGUAAACGGUGUAGAUUUGAACCCAGUGCAGGACACCCCUGUGGCCACCAGGAAGGAAGACACCUACGUUCAUUUCAGCGUGGACAUAGAAAUCCAGCGACAUCUGGAGAAAUUACCAAAAGGAGCAGCUAUCUUCUUUGAAUUCAAGCACUACAAACCCAAAAAGAAGUUUACCAGCACAAAAUGUUUUGCCUUCAUGGAAAUGGACGAGAUCAAACCCGGGCCCAUCGUAAUUGAACUGUACAAGAAGCCCACAGACUUCAAGAGGAAGAAACUGCAGCUUCUAACAAAGAAACCACUUUAUCUCCAUCUUCAUCAGACACUACACAAAGACAGCUAAGUGCCAGAGCACACCUUGAACUUUUAAUCUCGCUCUCCUACACCCGCAUGCGGUGUUCCAUGUCACCGCAUCCAGCAAUACAAAAACAAGGCAAUUGUCAUUUUUCAAUUGCAUAUCCCUUCUAUGGCAGGAAACCCUUUUCUACAAAUUAAAAAAAAAACCCCUAAAAUAAAGAUGUUUUGAUAAUUUGGAGAUCCAGGGUUUUCAUAACACAGCAGUGAUAUGUUGAAACAGUCAAACCACCUCAUCUCCAGUCUUCCAUAACUCACCGAUUCUGGGAAACAGGGGACACACAUUAGUCAUUGCAGGUGCUUAACAGAGUUUGACUUGUCAUGUUUGAGUUAUUGGACUUUGGAAGCUUGGACUGAAUAGUCGUGGCAACGUUUGUGAAGCCCUCCCCUAAACAAGUAAGACACACACACAGACAAGUUUUAUUUUUUUUUCCCCCCAUAAAGCCAACAAAAGUGCAUUCUUUAAUUCUAUGAUGGUCCAGGACGGUUUAUGGAGUCUUGAGUGUGCCAAAUAUAUAUAUCUAUAUUUCUUGUAGCAUUAUAUUAUAAUCAAAUAAUAAAUCACUGAAUUUAUACAUGCCUUGACAAACGGUUAAAGAAAUUUGCAUUUAAAUUAUGAAUUGCAAAAGAGUAAAAAGAUUUGACAGUAUUUAUUCUGUUAAACCGUCAACUAUGCCGUAAAAUAAAUCACAAAAUUAUUUAAAAAAAGACGAUGCAUAAAAAAAAAACAACCUUUCACUACUGUGCCUAACAUAUUCCAUCUCAGUUUUAUUUUCUACAUUUAGUGCUUUAUUAUUAACCUGUAUUAACUGGGAGUAGAUACGAGCUAUAAACACAUUUACAUAUCACCUUUUACGUUAAUUAUCAAAACGUUAUUUACACAUCUAGCAGACACAGAGCAACAGUAUUCAUUUGGAGUUGUGUUCCUGGAAACCUGAUAAAUGCAAGUGUAGUAUUAACUUUUUUUUUUGCUUUCAAUAAUUGGUCUCAGCAAACAUCUGAGAUUAAUCUCUGACACUCUUUAGCUGCUAAAUGCUGUGUCUGUUGCAGUGGGGUUUUUUGUUUCUUUUUUUUUUUUUUUUUUGGAAAACAGUUGCCUGCUUUGACUAGAAACGAGUUGAGAGCAGCAAGACUGUACAAAAACAGUGUUGUGAGCAUAAUACCAAAACCAUGAGCUGAAAGACUACAACGCUCCAUAGAGUUGAGCUGUAGCGUUAGGUGAUAAUUCUCUGUGGGGAUGUCGCUGAUUUGACAUAUUAAUAUAAAAUACUGAUUAGCGGAGCUUUGAUUUAAAGCAGAAGGUGCACUGACCAAUCAGAGCAGUUUCUGCUGCUCAGUGAGCUGGACUUUCAGCUUUCAGAUGGCUUACGCAUCUUUAAACUGAAAACAGAGACAGUCAUGCUGGCACGCUUCAGACUCCAUUAUGGCCUAGCAGCAGUAGUAGUGUUGGAUUCAGCAGUGGCAUUCAUUGAAUGUUACACAUACAGUGGGUGUCUUUGACUAGAUGCCUCUUCUUUUUGCUUGGGUAACUGGCAUUUUCAGAGGUAAGACAUUUCAAAGAUUGUUGGCCUCAGUCAGAAUUGCUCAGAAUUUUACUUAAAAUGCCACAUUUUUAUACUCUGAAAAUUGGUUUUACAAUUACAACCCAGAAGCAAAUAAAUGUCCCUGUAAUUCUGAGUUACACAUUUCAGUGUUUAUGCUUCAGUAUAUAUGGAAUUUAGUGUUUAAAUACUGUUGCACAAAGUUUUGUAAAUGCAUAAAUGGAUGCAGCAUGGUUUGAAUGCUGUGGAUCUGUCUACAGUGUUAACCUGCGUCGCAGACCAGUUGUUUUUCUUCUUCCCUAAGCAAGUAGGAUUGUUCAUCACCUGCCAGGAAGAGGUGUUUUAAUCUAGUACAAUUUUGCAGAUCAAAUGUUUUAUGUAUGCAGUUAUAUCUGAAUGAAACAGAACUGUGUAUAGAUGAUGCAUCUUUACUGCCCAUUACUUAUUUUGAAAUCUCAUGCCACCGUUUUUUUUUUUAAUGAAGUUUGUUUCUAUUCUGACUUUGCAGAUGUUCUUUUUCACUAAAACAUCUACAUUGUAAUAUUUGAUUUUAGAUUUUAUUUUUGUAACAUCUCAAUAUUCAGGACUGUAAAUUAACUGUAAGAUACACUAACUGAUUAAUAUACAAUUAAAACUGUAUGUACAGUAUGAAGAGCAAUGAUGUGGUAGGACUGAGUGUUUUUAGUUUUGAAAGAUUGAUGGAAUUGUAUCAAACAUUUAAAAUGCUAUUAUUUCUAAUAAACUAUGAAUGAAGCAUCUCAGCGGAUAAUUUCAUCCAGUGAACAGACUGUGCUGUUAGCAUGUGAUUCUACAAACACUAACCACCUGAAGGCCACUCACUGACUGAAGAUCACUCCCACAUUAAUCUGAAAUACACCUUCAUUCUCUCUGCAAAGCUUUUCAAGUUGCUUUUGUUUCUUGCUUGAAUGCAUUUAUUUGUAAAAUAUUUUUCCUUAUCAGGGACCAUUUGUCAUUUUUAAAACGAGUAUGUUCACUGGAACGUAUUAAAAGAUCAUGC